ACUGGAUCUCUGAGAUCUCAGUACUCAGUGCUGAGCGCUACGCUCACAUCUUCUUGCGCUCUAGCGGAAACAUCCACCGGCCUUAGUACAUAUCCAAUUACCGGUACUAUUGGCGAUGCUAGAUAACACUCAAAUAUACUGUAUAGUUACUCUUCUUCCUACUACAUCUCAUCCUCUAUACAAGCCUGAGAAUCAGAAAACAUCGGCAACUACAUUCACGCCAUGACCCAAGUCGCUUCGGCAUACAAUUUCGCUAGCGGAAACAUGGCUUCUUUGAUGACUGGUUUUGGUAUAUCAUCUAUAGUUUUCUUGAUUUUCACUGCACAAGUCUGGAUCUAUUUCUGGAGACAUGGAAUUCGAUCUCGGGAAAACAGGCAGAGCAAAACUCUCGUACGGAUGUUAAUGCAAGCGGCUCAACUGGCAAUUACUACUCACAUCUCGUCCGUUCAUAUGAUGGAGUUCGAGGAUAUACCCUGUUUCAUUGGCCAUAUGUCGACAAUUGGCGCUUUACACCGGACUGGGUGUAAGUGGCGCUUUACUUCCACUGGUCUCGACCUAAUCAAGCUCACUGUCGUUCCACAGUCCUUGACCACGUCCCUUGUACACGGCAUUUUUAUAUGUAGGAUUUUCAGACUUGAGAAGUGUCUCUAUGGCAGACGGAGAAUGACAUUCGUUCUGGUUGCAUUCUGCGUCAUGGAGCAAGUUUUUGGUCUUAUUAGUGCAAUCUACAUCUUCAAACUACGUAGUAAUCCUAACUACGGUGCCAUGGUUAUUUGGUCUACUGCGAUCUCGCUUGGUUGUUCAGUAAUCAAUGAUGUUCUUAUCGCUGGAACUUUGGCCUAUAUUCUCCACAAACACAGGACUACAUCGCCAAGAACGAACCAAAUGAUCACGAAACUCAUCAUAUUCUGCUCGCAAACGGGUUUGAUUACAACGCAAUGCUCCAUCUGUGCGUUAACCAUGGCUCUGACCAAGAUGCAGUGGGCAGUUUGCCGUUUCGAUAUUGGCCACCUAUAUAUGUUAUAUGCCACAUGUCUUCUCGCCAACUUCAUCGCUCGGGAAUCCUACCUGCAGCCACAAACAACCCACCAAACCGGGAUUUCUGAAAUCAGUUUUACAAGUUUCGCGCAGGUGAUUCAUGUAGGCUUAUCAGACAAUCACUCCGGGCAUCAGGAAACAUUGGUAAUGCAAGGAAAAACAGAUUCCUCGAAAGAUUCCUCGAAAGCGUCCUCCUGUUGAGUUGAGUUGCUAUAAUCCACCAUCUCGGUGUUGUCGUAAUUGCCUAGAGUUAAGUUGUCGUCGUUAGUA